GCUUGGCGCGUUUAUCCAAAACAAUCGCGAAUUUUCUAGAGUUCGAUAGAAAAUUCCCCGUAAUUAAUACGCAGACAACUAUAUUCAUAUACAAGUGUAUUUUUUUUAUUUACAAAGUUAAAUAGCUUACCUGUAGCGUUUUUUCCACCACCUGGUAAGGUCAUAAAACAAAAGCUGAUUGAACAUCUGCAUAUUAAUCCGGGAAUAGCACCUACCUGACCCACGUUCUCCCUGAAAUUACCUUUUCAGAAGAACUGGCGUAUAUAAACCAUUCGGCAUACCGACCGUUCAAUUCAGUAGAAAUAUACCCUUACAUAGAGUAUCAUUUAAUUAUUGAUAUUCCUAUUGCCAUUCCAGUUUAUAGAGAAUUUCAAUAAAGAUGGCCCAAUCGCCGAGCAUUAAAAUCCUGUUGGCCGAGCAAAUGAAGUUGGGGGAGCAAAUACAGAGCACCAUCCGGAAUUAUAAAAAGGAUUCGGCUAAACGAAAAAGCAAAGCUGGAUAUAUUGAAGGGCGACUAUCCAAAUUGAAACUUUUGUGGGAUGCCUUUUCCGAAGGAGAAAAUACUAUUAAAACUGUCGAUGACAAAUCGAAAAUGGAACAUACAUAUUUUAAAAGCAACUUCUUUGCCAAAAUAAAAACUAUGGUCGUUAAAUAUACAGCAGAAUUCAAUCAGAAUCUGUCCCAAUUGGAAAAUAAUACUGAAAACGUAUCCGCAUCGCCGACGAAUGACGAAGUUAAAUUUAAAUCUAUGUUUAGAGAACAGAGAAUAUUGAUGGAAAGAUUAGAUAAUAUUAUGAACAAGUUAGAUGUCGCAACAAAGAAAGGACUUAACCCGAUCAUUUUACCCCAUUUUACUGAUAUACAAAACAUGCAAGCGCAGAUCUACCAAAACUACAAGGAUCCCAAGUAACUUUAAGAUUAUUUUCUAAAAAUAAAACAUAAAAUUUACUUACAUGUAUUUUAAAUAAAUUGAAAAUUUAAGCGUAUCAUGUGUUAUUUAGUUAUAAAUGAUGUAAGCAGAAAUGCAAAAUCAUAAAUUAAAAGAAAUAUUAAGGAAACGUAGAGUGAUAAUGUAUUCAAUAAAACUAUCGAUAUCAAGACACCGCUCGGCCACUUUUAAAAAACAAUCGAUAUUUGACUGCUAAAAUAUAUCUAGCAUCCCUAACUGCACUGCAUACAAAAGUUCGACGGGAGCAGUAAAGUAAUUAUUAGUUUAAUCCAAUAAUUAUCGACUCCAAUCGAAUUGGCGGUCUUCUGGUUGUUUUUUGUGCCCCAGAACGUGCUAAAUUCGCUAAAUCAGUGAAUAACGGAGCGGCGCUGUCGUCCAAUUUGCAUCGCCGUGUUCUUCGUCAGUGUUUGUUGUCGUCGCCUCGUUCGUCCUUAAUAUUAUUUCGUCCUUGUGCAACACGGAGAACAAGAAGAAGCAGCAGCAGCAGAAGAAGAAGAAGAACCACAUCAACCAGGAGGAUCACCGCAACACGCAGUUUCCAAAUGCUUUAAAACGAUUCGGCAAUAUCUAAAUACCUAAAAACCUAGAAAAAUAAGACAAGCAGCGAAUCAGCAACAACAAUCGAAAACACCAAAAAAAACCAAAAAACUAAGAUAAACCCAAAGUCAAAGGAGGCUCGCAAAAUUUUUUACAAAUUUGCAAUACAUUUUAAGUAAGCGGAAGAGAAGGAUAGGUGUUUGUUGUGCGUCUGUGUGUGUAUGCGCGUGGAUUGAAGGUCCUUCGCUCAUUUUUGCCCCGGCGAAACGAACUGCUGUUGGCCUUUUUUCUGGCAAGAAGAGGGACCUCAAUUGGAAUGGCUCUCUUGGAAGAGCGGCAGGACAUUAGGGAGCAGCAGCAGCAGGAUUAGGAUCAGGAUCAGGAUCAGGAUUAGCAGUAUAUAAGCUCAAAGGACUAGAAAAGGGAGAAGGGAUCAGGAUUCAGGAGACAGGAAAUACGGGAAUACGGAAUAGCAAUCAGGAAAUAGGAAACAGGAAACGGGAACAGCAGCAGCAGCAGCCCAGUCAACAAAGCAAAGGAAUCCAUUGAAUAGACAAAAGACAAGUAUUUGUUAAAUCAGAGAAGCGCCAAAAA